ACGCCGCCCUCAGUUGCAAAAGCAAAAGCAAACAGAGCAGACGAAAGCGCAGUACCAAAGAAAACAACAGCGAAAUUUGCAUAGAAAGUGCAGAGUGAAUCAUCAUAAAACACACUUGUGCGAAAUUACGUUUAAAAAUGGAUUACAAGCCUGUGCCCACUGUUGUGCCCCGCAACCCCUUCGACCCCGCCAACGACAGCCAGGAGCUGCGUGAUGCGAUGCGUGGCCUGGGCACCGAUGAGCAGAGAAUCAUCGAUGUGCUGACGACGCGCACCAAUGGGCAACGUCAGAAAAUUAGAGCCAUCUAUGAGUCAGAGUUUGAAAGUGAUCUUAUCGAUGACUUGAAGGGCGAGCUGGGCGGCCAUUUUGAAGAUGUCAUUGUGGCACUGAUGCGACCACCGGUCGAAUAUCUGUGCAAGCAGUUGCAUGCGGCCAUGGCCGGUGUGGGCACCGAGGAGGCGACGCUCGUCGAGAUCUUGUGCACCAAGAGCAACGAGGAGAUGCAGCAGAUUGCCGUCACUUACGAGGAUCAGUAUGGACGCCCCCUGGCCGAGCAGAUGUGCAGCGAAACGUCUGGCUUCUUUCGCCGCCUGCUCACGCUUAUUGUGACGGGAGUGCGUGAUAAUCUGGAUACGCCCGUGGAUGCCGAGCAGGCCAAGGAUCAGGCUGCACAGCUGUAUGCGGCUGGCGAGGCCAAACUGGGCACCGACGAGGAGGUCUUCAAUCGCAUCAUGGCGCACGCCAGCUUCGCCCAGCUGCGUCUCGUCUUUGACGAGUACAAGGAGCUCUCUGGCCAGACCAUUGAGCAGGCGAUCAAGCAUGAGAUGGCCGAUGAGCUGCACGACGCCCUGAUGGCCAUAGUUGAGUGUGUGCAGUCGCCAGCGGCUUUCUUUGCCAAUCGUCUGUACAAAGCAAUGAACGGCGCCGGCACCGAUGACGCGACGCUUAUACGCAUCAUUGUCUGUCGCUCUGAGAUCGAUCUGGAGACGAUCAAGCAGGAGUUUGAGCGCAUCUACAAUCGCACGCUGCACAGUGCUGUUGUGGCGGAGACUUCGGGUGAUUACAAGCGCGCCUUGACAGCGCUGUUGGGAGGCGCCUAAAAAAGGAACAGAAACAGGAAUAGAAGAAUGUCAAUGCUAAUCCGAGAUUAAAUAUAUAUAUAUAGUAUUGUAGUGCCUUUAGAACAGUAUGACUCGCUUUUAAUGUUUGCUUGAAGCGCACAGUUGCAGCUAUAAAAUUAUUAUUAUGUGUAUUACAAAACUUAAGCUAAAACUUUAAGAAGUUUUAAUAAAAUUGUUACUCAACUUCAAA